AUGAAAAAGUCAGUGUGCAGUGAUUCAUAUCGCAGUGAAAGGAAGACUAGUCACGCUAGUUGCUCAAAUUCGGAUAGCAGCGAUGAGGAAGUGAUCAGAUUGCCAAAAAGAAGAAAAGUAAAUCGUAUCAUAUCAUCAGAUUCUGAUACGGAUACGGAUAAAUGCAAUCUUAGUGAUAAUGAAUAUUAUGAAGAUACUAUUGACAAGAUGUUACGAGAUUUGGUCGUGGAAGAAGAAAGCAACGUUGAUGAUACUGAGGAAGCUCCAGUUCAACAAAGUGAAUGGAGUGAAUUUAGUGGUCGGCAAAAAUCAAUUUCUUUUCAAGAAACAGGCGGUCUGAAUAAGCAAUUACCUGACGAUAUAAAUCCGUAUGAUGUGUUUACGUUGUUCGUCGAUGACGAAAUCAUAAACUUGCUGGUAUUAGAAACUAAUAGAUAUGCACAACAAAAACUAAAUGAAUCGAGGCUGACUCCAGGUUCACGAAUGCAUAAAUGGAAACCAACAAAUCCUGAAGAAAUAAAACAAUUUUUGGGAUUAUUGUUGUGGAUGGGACUUGUAAAAGUGAGCCCAAUAGCCAAUUAUUGGGCCAAAAACGAAUUGUACAAUUUCCGGCUACCGCGUCAAAUUAUUUCACGAAACAGAUUUGAACUAUUAUUGUGCAAUUUUCAUUUUGUCGAUAAUAUGUCCAUUGCCCGUGAUGAUCGGCUUGGUAAAAUACUUCCAUUUUUUAACAAAUUGGUAGGAAAGUAUCAGGAAACUUACACGCCUGGAGAAGACAUUGUUAUCGAUGAAACGUUAAUUCCAUGGCGUGGAAGACUCAUUUUCAAGCAAUACAUUCCAAAUAAAGCGCACAAGUACGGAAUCAAGUUAUUCAAAUUAUGUUCAAGCGAAGGAUACACAUGGGCAAUGAAAAUGUAUUCUGGUAAAUCAGCGGAAGGUAUUAGAGAAACAGGAUUGGCACACAAUGUGUGUCUACAACUGGCAGAGAAACUUUUCGAUCAAGGAAGAACAUUACAUAACAAGAAAUCUAUACCAAAAGAUGUUCUUAAUUGCAAACUAAGAAGGGGAGAAAUGGUAGCUAAAGAGGAUGAUAACGGGAUUGUGGUACUCAAAUGGAGAGACACACGUGACGUGAGAAUAUUAUCUACGAAACACGCUCCUAUCAUGACACAAAGCACGAAAAACAUUCAUGCUGCUUCUUCAAGCCAGCAGCCAUCCGCAAGACUCAAACCUCUGGCCGUCCUCGAAUAUAAUAAGGGUAAAUGUGGUAUAGAUUAUUCAGACCAAAUGGUUUUCUAUGCUUCGACGAUGAGGAAAGGAAUCAAGUGGUAUAGGAAGCUUGGUGUUGAACUUCUACUGGGGACGUCAAUUGUAAACGCUUUGGUCGUUUACAAAAUUGCGACAAAGAAAACUGUAAAUAUUAGACGAUUCAGAGAACUGAUUGCUGCAAAGUUACUAGGACUGAGUGAAGAUUUAACACUGCCUUCUGUUCGACGAAAUACGCAUUGCAUCGCCGUUCGAGAAAUAAUUUGGGGAAAAGCCUUAGACGCGCAUGCAAGCGGUGUUACGCAAAUAAAAGAGAAGAACUGGAACGAUCAAAGGCACGAGCAAAUCUCAGAAAACCCACUACUUUUUGUCCAAGCUGCCCUGGUCAACCGCAACUUUGCAGUGAAUGCUUCAAUAUUUUGCACUGUAAAUAAUUUUGUUAAUAAACGAUUUUUAAAAAAAUUCAACAGUAUUAUUAUCUCCUGUCAUAUAUUUAUCUAAAUAUGUUCGGAAAUCCUUUGGAAGGAGUCACCCGAAUACGGGUGACGUGGCCUGAUGAGAACUUUUGCUGUCACCCGAAUACGGGUGACGUGGCCUGAUGAGAACUUUUGCUGUCACCCGAAUAC